AUGGUGGAGAAUUUUUGCACCGUGGCAUCGUUGGAAGGUGAUGAACGGGGUCCAAAUACAGUGAAUGUAGGAAGAGACCAGGAGGUAGAAGUCGAAGAAGCUGGGAAUCAAGGCAGACAGAAGAGAGAAGGAAAGCAGAAGUCAUUCACUGUCAAAAGGAGGGAUGUCCAGGAAAUCCUCUUUGAAGGCAAAAUACAGGAGGGGGGAAGAAGGAACAAGUAUCCUCUGAGUGGGAAAAGACCAGACUGCAAAUCAAGUUUUAAAGAAAACCAGAGAAAUCACACUGGAGAGAAACUCUAUGAAUUCUGGGAGUGUGGAAAGAGCUUUUAUAGUAGCAAAAGCUUUGCUAUUCAUUCACAGAUUCACUUCGAAGAGAAACCAUAUAAAUGCUUGGAGUGUAGUAAGAGUUUCAGUCGGAGAGACCAUUUAACUUUACAUCAAAAAAUUCACACAGGAGAAAAACUGUACAAAUGCUUGGAGUGUGGAAAGAGUUUCAGUCGGAGGGCCAAUCUAACUUCACAUCAAAGAAUUCACACAGGAGAGAAACCGUACAAAUGCUUGGAGUGUGAAAAGAGUUUCAGUCGGAGGGCCAACCUAACUUCACAUCAAAGAAUUCACACAGGAGAGAAACCGUACAAAUGCUUGGACUGUGGAAAGAGUUUCAGUCAAAGUGACAGUCUAAUUUCACAUCAAAGAAUUCACACAGGAGAGAAACCGUACAAAUGCUUGGAGUGUGGACAGAGUUUCAGUCGGAGGGCCAAUCUAACUUCACAUCAAAGAAUCCACACAGGAGAGAAACCAUACAAAUGUUUGGACUGUGGAAAGAGUUUCCGUCAGAGAUAUCUUCUCACUUCACAUCAAAGGAUUCACACAGGAGAGAAACCACAUAGUUGCUUGGAGUGUGGAAAGAGUUUCAGUCAGAGGGCUCAUCUAACUUCACAUCAAAGAAUUCACACAGGAGAGAAACCAUACAAAUGUUUGGACUGUGGAAAGAGUUUCCGUCUGAGAGAUCAUCUCACUUCACAUCAAAGAAUUCACACGGGAGAGAAACCGUACAAAUGCUUGGACUGUGGAAAGAGUUUCAGUCAGAGGGCCCAUCUCACUUCACAUCAAAGAAUUCACACAGGAGAGAAACGAUACAAGUGCUUGGAGUGUGGAAAGAUCUUUAGUUACAGCAAAAGUCUUACUAUUCACCAAAGGAGUCACACUGGGGAGAAACCAUAUAAAUGCCUGGAGUGUGGAAAGAGUUUCCGUCAGAUCUCAGACCGUAGUAUUCACCAAAGGAUUCACACUGGGGAGAAACCAUAUGAAUGCCUGGAGUGUGGAAAGAGUUUCAAUCAGAACUCAUACCUUACUAUUCACCAAAGGAUUCACACUGGGGAGAAACCAUAUGAGUGCCUGGACUGUGGAAAGCGUUUCAUUUGCAGCUUAUACCUCACUAUCCACCGAAGGAUUCACACUGGGGAGAAACCGUAUGAAUGUCUGAAAUGUGGAAAGAGUUUCCGGCAGAGAUCGUACUUUAAUUAUCACCAAAGGAUUCAUAGUGGAGAGAAACCAUAUAAAUGCUUGGAGUGUGGAAAGAGCUUUAGUAGGAGCAUAAAACUUAAUAGUCAUCAAAGGAUUCACACCGGCAAGAAACCAUAUAAAUGCUUAGAGUGUGGAAAAAGUUUCAGUCAGAGCUCAUGCCUUACAUCUCACCAAAGGAUUCACACAGGAGAGAAACCGUAUAAAUGCUUGGAGUGUGGAAAAAGUUUCAGUCGGAGCUCAUGCCUUACAUCUCACCAAAGGAUUCACACAGGAGAGAAACCGUAUAAAUGCUUGGAGUGUGAAAAGAGUUUCAGUAGGAAGGACUGUCUAACAUCACAUCACAGAAUUCACAGAAGGGAGAAACGAUAUCAGUGCUUGGAGUGUGGAAAGAGCUACAGUCACAGCAAAAGCCUUGCUAUGCAUCAAAGGAAUCAUACUGGGGAGAAAAUGUAUGAACGCAUGAAGUGUGGAAAGGCUUUCAAUCAGAGAUCACACUUUACUUCUCACCAAAGAAUACACAUGGGAGAGAAACUGUAUAAAUGCUUGGAGUGUGAAAAGAGUUUCAUUCGGAAAGACUACCUAACUUUACAUCAAAGAAUUCACACAGGAGAGAAACCAUAUAAAUGCUUAGAGUGUGGAAAGAGUUUCAGUCGAAGUUACAGUCUAACUACUCAUCAAAGAAUUCACACAGGAGAGAAACCGUACAAAUGCUUGGAGUGUGGAAAGAGUUUCAGUCUGAGAGCCAAUCUUACUUCACAUCAAAGAAUUCACACAGGAGAGAAACCAUACAAAUGCUUGGAGUGUGGAAAGAGUUUCAGUCGAAGUGGCAGUCUAAUUUCACAUCAAAGAAUUCACACAGGAGAGAAACCGUACAAAUGCUUGGAGUGUGGACAGAGUUUCAGUUGGAGGGCCAAUCUAACUUCACAUCAAAGGUUUCACACGGUGGAAAAGUUGUAAAAAUACUUGGUUUGUUGAAAGAGUUUCAGUCAGAGCUCAUAACAUUAUUUACCAAUGGAUUCACACUGGAAGAAACUGUAUGAAUGCUUGGAGUAUGGAAAGAGUUUCAUUUAGAGGGACCGUCUAAAUUCUCAUCAGAGAAUUUGCACCAGGAAGAAAUUGUACAAAUGCUUGGCGUGUGGAAAGAGCUACAGUCACAGCAUAAGCCUUGAUAUGCAUUAAAGGAAUCACAGAAGAGAAACUGUAUAAAAGUUCAUAGUGUCAAUGGAGCUUCUGUCAGCUCACACCUUACUUCUCGCUGAAGGAUUCAUACCAGAGAGAAUCUGUGCAAAUGAAGCUGCUCUCUGUUGCAAAGGAGUCAUAUCUGUCAUUGCUACAUCAGAAAUCCACAAUUAUUUUCUAUUAUAAGAAGGGCUUUUUGUCUAUCUUGUUGCUUUUUGUAAACAACCUUUCUUUCAUUAGAGCCACGUUAUGUUAGUUAUGUAUACUCGUAGUUGGUUUCCUUUCUAGGUUAGCUAUAAUUUGGAUUACAUCAACAAAAGUGCUACGAAAUGGCAGGUAACUGAUGUUGAAUUUGUUGACAGCUGCGAGCAUCAUGGAAACUGGAAACUUUACAGAAUACUGGGAGGUUGAUUGAAGUAAAUCUGUUAUGAUAUUUAUGAAUAAAGCAACUGUAUAGACAUUUAAGGGGUGAAACAUCUAGACCAGAAGUAUCUAUUCAGCAACAGCAUGUGUUUAUUAUUUAUUGGAGUCACGUAACACAAGAACUGAGAUAUGGUAUGCUUUUCUGUUUCUGAUUUUUAUUGGUAUCUGCCUGUCUGAUUUCUGAAAUGUAUAGGCAGGCAAAUUCAGUCGUUGAUUUUCUCUGUUAGUGUGUUUGAUAGCCAUUGUAUUGUAGUGAUGAUAAUGUUGGUACCGGUUGUGGGAGACCAGGGUGUUGUUUAUAAAAAGUGCCUUCUUGAGUUACAACACUUUCAAAUGUUUAAUACCUAUACAUUUUAUACUAUUUUAUCCAAUUGUUUCCAGUAGAAAUUCCCCAUACACCAUUCUCUUACCGCUUAGGUUUCUCCUUCCAACAACCCUAAAAGACAGGCCAGGCAGGGAGAAAUUCAGGGUCUAAAACUCACCUUGUGCACUUUAUGACUCAGGUGAAUUUGAAUCCAAGCCUUCCCAACCCCAAUCCAACACUGUAACCAAAACAUUGUACUUACUUUCAUUUGUAGCCUAGUCUGGCUCCAUUCAUAGAUUGUCGCAGGUCCUGAGAAGCGCUUGGGAGGGAGAAGGCCUUGCUUCACACAUCAACAGCUGUACUUGGGACGGACUAGAAGACAUUGUCAUGGCAAGGAGAGAGCACGCUCCUGAAGAAGUAGGCACGAAAUCAGUUGUUCGUAGCCAGCCCCAGAUCGAGAGUGAUGGAGGGCUUUUUCCAGCUGCCUGAACACCCUGACCCACCUUGUUGGAGGAAUUUAAUGAAUUGAGGGAACUUCAUGAAUUGAAAGAACAAGAAAGAAACGUUCAAAAGGACUCUCAAUUAUAGAGGACUUUUAUUGCACCCAGAAGUUAUCUCAAUCAAUUAAUCUUUUGUAGUCUGUAGAGCUAUUUAUGAUGAACUAAUUUUGUAUUCUGUGAAGUUGUGAAUAAUUAUUGAAGAACUGUUGUUAAAUGGUAUAAUUAGCACUUGCACUUUAAAAAAUUUCACUUUAUUACUCAAAGUAGCCCAUUGGAUAGUGAGUUUCUUUCAGUUUCCUGUGGGGUUACAAGUCCCCCCCUUUGUUCUU